AUGUCUCAAUUUCCGGCUUCCCCGACCAACAAUCUUCCUGCUCAACCACACCCGGAAGCGAUGAAGGCCUGGCUGUACUCAAGUACUUCAGGGGGACUUGAGAAAAACCUCAAGCUCAACACGACAGCGCGCGUGCCUCCAGUCCCGCAAGGCUCGCAGGUGCUCAUCCACGUUCUCUCCACAUCGCUCAACCCCGCCGACUAUAAAGUUCCAGAACUAGGACUCGCCGCGCGGAUGUACAUUGGUACGCCCGCAUCUCCCGGCAUGGACUUUUGUGGUCGGGUUGUGAAGGCAGGACCGCUGGCGCAACAUCUCCAGGAGGGACAGCUUGUCUUUGGUGCCGUGGCUCACCCGUUGAAGUUUGGAUCGCUGGCAGAGUAUAUGAUUGUGACGGUGGAACAACUUGCUACUGUGCCCGACGGAGUGGACGUUGACUCGGCAGCUGCAGUGGGAAUUGCCGGUCAGACUGCGUUCCAGAGUCUAGAGGGCUAUGUGGAGACGGGUGAAAAAGUGCUGAUCAAUGGUGGAUCUGGAGGAUGUGGUAUCUUCGCGAUCCAAAUCGCAAAACAAAUGGGCUGCCACGUCACGGCCGUCUGUUCAACUCGGAAUAUGGAGCUUUGUCUACGGCUCGGAGCAGAUGAAGUGAUCGACUACACAGUCGAGAAGGACCUCACGGAGACUCUUGCGUCACGAGGAACGAUCUUUGACCACAUUCUGGAUCAUGUUGGAACACCAGGAAACAUGUAUUACCAGUGCCACCGAUUCUUGAAGGAAGGCGGAGUCUUCAUACAGGUGGGAUCAUCAACUAUCUCGACUCAGGCCGGACGCUUAGCUUGGCCUGCUUUUCUGGGAGGUGGAAGACGGAAGUAUAAGGUGUUGAUGUAUAAGCCUUGCUCAAGGCAUCUUCUCCAGUUGGGGGAGUGGAUGCAGGAGGGGGCACUGACAGUGCAAAAGGACAGUGUCUUUGAGUUUGAUGAGGCGGUCAAGGCAUUUGAAAAGCUCCGAUCUGGUCGUGCCCGGGGCAAGAUUAUCGUGCACGUUGGCAAGGAUGAGCGAAAUCACCUGGAAUCGUUUGGAAUUGGAAUGUAA